GCACCGGCUUCAUGUUGUCCAGGAAAAUGGUGAAUAAAUUCUUGAAAUUAUAGACAUGCAGUUGAUAAGAAGAAUUGACCUUUUAUGAAGUUGCCAUUUUACCAAAAAAAUUAAAAUGGAGUACUCCGUACAGUUAAAUGGACAGAUGAUCGCAUCGCCAAGAUCAGGGCGAUCAGGUGACAUGGCUGAGGGAGAAAAAGAGUUCUCUUCCCUUUCGAAGCUUAAAGGUCUCUCAAAGGAUGACAAGACAGAAAACGCCAUGUUACGAUCCCGAAUUGACGAACAGUCACAGCUUAUAAUGAUUCUCAAAAAUCGCUCCGAUGAGACGAUAAAUAAGAUACAAACACUGGAGCGAAUCAACGAAGAGCUCACGUCAUUUCGGGAUAGUGCUAAAGAACAAAUAGAACAUGAAAGAAGAAAGUUCAAUCUUUUAGAUGGACGUUUUAAUGACUUGGCUUCGAACCAUGAAGAAAUGAUAAAAUUCAAGGAUGAAUAUAAAAGAGUGAAUGCUGAGUUAAGGAAAGAGAACGAUAGACUUAGGGAUGAGAAUGCGAAAUUGUUUUCUAAGGCGUUAUUGGAAAAGGAUGAGAUGAUUCACAAUUUGGAAGGAAAAUUGAUUACUGCAAAGGAACAGUGUGCAGCAAUAGACACCAAAUAUAGGCAUGCAGUUCAGGAGGGCAGAGCGCGUGAGGAUUCAUUAAGACGCGAGCUUCAAGAUCUCCAAGAAAAAAUGAGGACUGAUGUUAAAGCUCUUCAACACAAACUCUCUGAAACAGAGGAACGACUUAAAGGUGCUAAUUACAAACUUCAAAACCAGAUUGACUCUCGUCAAAAUGCGGACACAGAGAUGACUCGCAAGAUUCAGCAACUAACGAAGGAGAAAGAUGAAAUGUUGGAUCUUGCCAUGCAACGUGGGAAGAUUAUACAGAAGGAACAAAGUGACAACAAGAUGUUGAAAAAGAGGAUUGAAGAGAUGGAGAAAUCUGUUCAAGAGAUGCACGAGAAAUUCGAGCGUGAGGCAGCUGCAGUUAAUUCCAACAGAGCGGUGAGAAAGUUAAAAGAUGAACUGGAUGAAGCUGAAACAAAGAAAACUGAAGUCACAAAGGAGUUUGAAGCUUACAAGAAGCACACAACAGCCCUUCUGAAGAAGGAAAAAGAACUAAAUGAAAGGCUUCGGCAUCUUUGUGGAUGAUUCCUGUUGUCUGCUGCACAGUUAAACACCACUAAAUUCUAAAUAGAUAUUGAUGCACAUUUUUCAAUUUACUGUUCAGCAUAUGAAAUUUAGUAUUAAUUAUAAGUUUUGUGUAUACAUUUUUUAACAUUUUAUAUAUGUCAAAAUGGUAAUCUGGAAAAAUUGAAAAUGUACAGCCUGUUUUUUUAUGUUUUUUUAUUAUAAUUAUUAUAUCAAACUUUUAUAAUUCUAAAAAACAAAGUUCUUUAACCGGUAAUUUUAUUCAGGACAUUAAAAUGAUUUUCAGAAGAAAUGAUUGGCUUUGAACCUGCAUUAUAUUUCUUCCAUUUAUUUCAAACCUAACUCAGCUUUUUUGUACGAAAUUCCUUACGUUCUCAAUAUGACAGUGUUUUGAAAAUAUGUAUAAUUUUUAAGCUUCUCUUAGUAUUUAAAGCUUUGUUUAGAACUGCAUAAAAAACAAUUUGCUUACCUUAAGGAAACUAUCAUUACUUUUUAAAAUAAUCUUUAACUUCCUUUUGCAUUUGUCAAAAUUAAGGUUGAAUUACAACAAAAUGUAAAAAAUGAAUUCCACUUAGGAUUGUGUUGCUGUUUAUUGUUCAUCAGCAUGAUAUUGCAAAUAUUAGUAGCUAGCAUUUAAGAGGCCAAAUACUUUUGUUUGUUGGGUUUAAGAAAAGGACAGGGUAUUGCAGAAAAGGGAAAGAGUGGUUUCUGAGGUUGUGGAGAAAAAAUAAUUAAAAGACCUAUUUUAAGCCUUCUAUAAGUGCCCCCCCCCCCCUCCAAAAAAACUAAAAUAAUAAUAAUAAAAAAAAUUGUACACAACCUCUGUUAAUUGAUCUUAAUCUUAUUGCCUAAUUGGCUUAUCAGAUCUCCAAUCUGAGUAUCCUGCUGUGCAGUUUUCGAUGUUUUAUUAUUAAAAUGGACCCUAAAUGGCCCUGAAGCCAAUAAAGGAAUACACAGGAAAUUGGCCCCUACUGUGACACCAAUGCAAUUGGCAGGAGAUGCACAGCAGGGGAUAAUCAUGCCAAACAUUCCAUAAACUAUUAUAAAUAUGUUAGAAACAUGUUAAAACGAGAGAAAAAAUUGGUUGAUUGCCCAAUAUUUUUAGUUUAUACAAAUCUAUUAUCAUAUGAUAAAUCAUAUAGAAACGUUUUUAAAAAAAACAACAACACAUACAAUACCCAGUAAUUAAUUUCAUAUUAUAAAACGGCAGAAAAGUUCUCAGUUUUUCUCUCCAUGAGGUCCAUGCCAGGGGUAUAAUUAAUUUCAUAUUCUAAAAAGGUAGAAAGGUUCUCAAUGUUUCUCUCCAUGAGGUCGGGGAUAGGGGUGUGGCCAAAAUUAAGGCUGGGUGCAGCACCCUGUUCUAAAUCUUUAGCUGAAACCCUAUUAUUUGUAUAUGUAUAUAUUUUAUUUUGUUGUCCAAUUUCGAUUACAUUCCUUCGGAAUCGAAGCUGUUAUUUUAUUAAUGCAUUCCGUCCAAAUGUUGCCUGUGUUAAUGAAUUAAAUGAUUGUGUAUAAAA